AAUAUAUAAAUUCUAUGACAUAUAUGUUACAUAUAUUCUAUUGAACUUCUUGAAGUAUAAUCAUUGGUUACAUUAUUGAUAUUUAGUCAAAUCAACUCUAGAUUUACUUGUAUUAGCAACAAUAUUAUACUCAGUGAUUACAUUUAUACAUAUAUAAAUACUGUAAUAUCAAUUCUAUUUAUCUUUUUGUUACCUUCGGAUUCUGUGCCUAUCAAAGAAAGUCAAUAUACAUUAUCAUGUCACGUAAAUCAAUUCAAAAGAAUGCAUUAAGUAAUUCGGUACCAUCAUUCAAAGAAACCAAUUAUGAUAUUCAUGAAUUAAUUUAUUUUAAAUGUCCUGGAAAAUUAUUUAUACAACGUACAUUAAAACCAAAUGAAGAAUUUAAUAAAGAAUAUAUGAAGAAAUUAAUUAAUAAAAAACGAACUAUUCAAUCUCAAGAACGUAUGAUUUAUUUAACAGAAAAUGGUUUAAGAAUAAAAGCUUAUAAAAAACCAACAAAUUCAUAUAAACGUUUAUAUUUAGGUUAUGAACAAAUUGAAAUAAUUUAUAUAUCAGAAGGUAUUAAAAAUAUUCUUGUAUUAGGUAUUAUUAGUAAAAAUCAACAAAUACGUGCUUAUGAAUGUACAAAAAUUAAAGAUGAUGAUGAUUUUAAAACUUUGUGUAGAUUACUUGUUCAAGCAUGUGAAAAUAGUGAAAGAAAAUUAAUUGAUUUAAAUCCAAUUGGUACAUUAUCUAUGUCAUCAUUAUAUGAUAAUAAAAGAUUUAGUCAUGGAUCACUUGGUUCAAUUGUAUGGACACAAUCUAAUGAAAUUGAUAAUGAAUUACAAAGUCAAUUAGAAAAUCGUUUAUAUCAAAAUGAAUUAAUAGAAAAUGAAAAUGAUGUACGUAAAGUGGUGUCACAAUAUUCACAAAAUGAUUCAGUAACUAGUAUUAUUUCAUCAAUUUUAAAAAAUGAAAAAGGAUCUAAUGAAAAUAUGAAUAGUAAAAUUGAAUCAAGUGAUACAGAAGGUAGUGAUCCAGUGAAACACUAUAAUGGAAUAAACGGUGAUUUUAAUGACGUAACCUAUGAAGAUGAUUAUGAUGAUGAUGAUGAUAAUAAUGAUAAUAUUAAUAAUAAUAAUCGUUAUGCUUCAGCGAUUUACAAAGCGGACGCUUACGUCGAACCUAUACUUACGCCAAUAUUUCAUGCAGACGAUGAAUCAGCAAAGUUAUAUUACAGAACAGGUUAUGAGGGUGAUUCAUAUGAGGAAAAUUAUGAAGUGACAGAUUUGUAUCCACCAUCUAAAUGGCCAGCUGGAGUUACCUUUAUUUGUCCAGACUCUAAAUCUGGUGCAACUAUCGCACAUCUUGGACCUGUUUAUUUAUAUUCUGAAAGAUUUGUCGAUGUUGACAAUGACUGUAUUGAGAAUCAGACAUCAGCCUAACAUUAUAAUUUGAUGAAAAAUUAAAUGAUUCGUUACUUAACUGUGUUUUUUUUUAAAUAUAGCUUGUAAAUUUGGACAGUAUUCGGAUUUUAUAAUUAAUUUACUUAGAAGUUUCAAGUUACU